AUGUCCCACAACUAAGAUACCAGCAGAAAGAGACUGUUUUCAGAAAGAGAUUCUGAAAACUCAUCAGAGAACAAGAAUCAUCACUAGCCAGCCAAGAGGAGAAGACCUAAUCCUGCUAGUAGAAACUCAAGCAAUUUUACUCCUCCUUCUUAAAUGAGUAUUUCUAUGAGUUUUGGGAAUUAAAUUGAUAAAAAGCAAUCAAAUAAGCCAUCUGCUAACAAAAGUGAUAUUUAAAUUGAAGAGAUCAAUAUUUCUGGAGAUGAGGACUAUUCUACUCCAUAUAGAGGUGGUAGAGGUGACAUAGAAAACCCCAUUACAAUAUCUUCAAAUAAAAAGUCUUACAAUGAUGAGUCUGAUGUAAUGUGCUAUUAAGGAUUGAUAUAGUAGCUGAAAAGCAAUUAAGUUUCAGAUUGUAAGAGUUUGCUUUAGAUUGUUAGUCCUACGAAAAGUACUAAUGAGUCAAUUUCUUGCUUUAUUCCUCAAGAUUUAAACUAUCUACGCAACACAAACAUUGGCGAUAACAGAAUUAAGAUAAUUGAGGGGAAGUAAAUGCAGCAAUAAAUGAAUAGAAGAGAAUCUCAAGCAAGUAUUCAUCAGUCAAACUCAAAACUUAUUAAUAUCAAAUAUAUGGAGAAGGUGGUUACUGAAGCUGCACUUAAAGGUGGACUUAAGAACAUUACCAAGACUGGACUCAAAGAACUAGGAUUCUAUUGCAUUGAAUAUUUUAGAAUAGCGAUUGAGGAAUUAAUUGAUGUUUCCCGGUCUUACAGAAAUUAAGCAUAUUUGACUAACAAAAAUCAUAGUAUUGGUCAGACUGAUUACUAUGAUAUGUAAAUGGAGAUUCCACCAUAACUCAAAAUUGUCUGUACUGGGAAUCCUUUAAAGGAUCAUCAAACCUUAUUUGAAAUUGAGUCUGAAUUGGCUUAAUAAAAAGCUGAAUAAGUUAAGUCAAAAAAUGAAAUUGUUCCUGAAAAACCCACUAAGAGCUCUGGGGGUAAAAGAUAAGCUUAGAAGAAGCUAAAGACUGAUGAGCAGGCUCAACAUUAGAAAGAUACAAAAGACUUUUCUAUGGAUGAAGUGUAUCUUAAGUAAAAUAGAGAUACUAUUAGCAUGUUUACAUCUUCUGCUAGUAAUAAAAUAUAGAGUAAAAAGGAAAAUCAAUAAUUACUGAGAUAGGCGAAGGAUUCUGAUUCAUCAAACAGAGUUUCCAACCAAACUAAUGUAAUAUAUAAUUCAAAGAGUCUCUAUGAUAAUGAUUUGAUUGCCAUGCAAGUAAUGCCAUAAAGAAGAGUUUGCACUAAAGUUCUUAGACAAUGGCUGAUUAAAACAAGAAUCAUUCAGCCCUAAACUAAAAUGAGAUUCUUGGAGGAAAUUGCUAACCAAGCAUUGGUUCAGUAAUAAUGA